AUGUCUUUCUCCUUCCAAUGGCCGCGCUUUUCUGAGCAGUUCCACACGGACGCCAUCGCGAUGCUCAACUCUGCGCUCAACAAGGGGACUAAGCCGCCGGUGAUUGCCGACAGAAUAGAGGUCGUCGAGCUCGAGAUGGGUACACAGCCGCCGGAACUCGAGAUUCGGGAUAUUGGAGACCUCACGACCGACCAGUUUCGAGGAAUAUUCAGGCUUACAUAUGACGGGGACGCCCAUAUCGUACUUAGGACCAAAGUCCAGGCGAACCCUUUGAAUCACAAACAGCCGGAUAUUCACAAUUUGACUGGCUCACGCGGGAUGCUGGCUGCUAAAAAGGCGCUCGUCGUCCCCAUGCUACUGCGACUAUCCCAUUUCCGGCUAUCGUCAUAUGUUGUGCUGGUGGUUUCCAAGCAGAAGGGCAUCACCCUGGUCUUCAAGACGGACCCUCUUCAAAACGUGGACAUAAACUCGACCUUCGACUCUAUCGCCGUCAUUCAGAGUUUCAUUCAGCGCGAAAUAGAAGGCCAGCUACGACAAAUGUUCCGCGAGGACUUGCCGGGUAUUAUCCACAGGCUGAGCCAGCAGUGGGUAAAGGCCAAGGUCGAGGCGCCGUAUCUGCACCAGCAGCCCCGCCCACCGCCUCCCCCACCCACCCCGGCAGUUGCCGCUCGAGUCCCUCUUCCACCCUCCAGCGUCGGCUCGCUCCCGCCAGGACGGAGACAGCGCCCGCCAGGCUCUUACGCCGCAUCCGUCGCCAGCGUUCCCACACUACCACCCUAUGCUUAUCCCCUUCGCCCACGCACACCCUCAUCAGUAUCUUACGCCCCUUCUCGUGUCUCGAGCCCCGCCCAGCGCCGGCAACCUCCUACACCCGCACCUGUGCCGGAUGCACCGGAAUCUUCGCACCCUGAUAUCGAGAAUUUCGAUCCGACAUAUGGCCUCAGACCAGGCAGCCUGCCCGCCAAAUCGGUCUUCGGCGCUUUUGGUCGUCUGUUUGCAAACCCGCGUGGGCUCGCGGAUCUCGCUGAGGAGCCGACAGACGAGGAAGAGGGAGACGUAGACGCGGCGGAUGGACAAUCGUAUGGCAUGGUUGAGUGGGAGGACACACUGCCCGACUACGACUAUGACUACAGCCGGGAUCCGUCUGAACUUGGGCCGGACGAUCUUGAGUUCGAGACGUUACCGGCUGUUGGUGGAGGGACAAUCACUCGCCCGCGAGUAUUCCAUGCCCAGUCGCAGGUCCACGCACCGGAUGGCGUUACCUUGACUCCUGUAUCCCGCGCACCACCCGACGUACCGCUCAACUACCCGUAUACACCUCAGAGUGCGGGUAUGAGCAUGGGCAUGGGCAAUCGCAUGACGCCCGCCGCACUGGCAAGGCUGCAAAUGCCGCCGGGCGCUUACAACCCAUAUUUCCCACCCAUGGGCGUCACUCCUCCGACCUUCUCACCGGGCCUCGGCCUCGCAUCCCGCGAUCCGCGAAUACCACUCAGCAUGCCCUCUGUUCCGCCCACGCCACCGCUUUACCACUCACCACCUCGCCGUGCCCGAUCACCCGCGCCCUCAACAUCACAAACACAACCUUCCGCCAGCUCAUCGCACACUCACUCUCUACCCACCCCACCUUCGAGCGAACGCCACGUCCGCUCUCGAGCAGGAAGCUCAUCAUGGUAUCCCGAACCGGAUGACGAGCCCUGGCCGCGUUCACCCGGUACCGAUGCCGGACCAGCCGAACGAAAGAUCGUCCUGCGACCCGGUGCAUUACCCAGACUAUCGACACUCGCGCAUAGCAAUCACACAUUGUCGCCGUAUACGCGCGUACCGGAGCAUUUCGCCGUGCGCACGGGUGCACCGGCGAAAGCGGCUGCUGCGGGGGCGCCUGUCAGCACCCCUGUGCGCGCACGUAGAAAACGAAUGCACAAACUCGGCGGGAAAGGCAAAGAAAAAGCUCUUCCUUCCGAUCUCGCGGGCGAUGGUGAAGUUGUACCUCUCACUGCCGAGGCUCUACGAAGAACAGGCAGCACGUCUCCCGCACCGCCUAGCGAGAUGGCGGACGACUUGGACCGGUACUUCUUGAGGGCGGGCGAGCUGCCGCCCAGCGUACAAGCGGAGGUCGAUGCGCGGAUGGCGAUCAAUGCGAGUCCGUGGCCGCCGGACGCGUAUGCGGGGCUCAGGCAGCGGGGCGUACACGCGAGUAGUAUCAGGAGUGGGCGGAGUGGGAGGUUAUAG